AUGAUAUUCUCCCAACCGCCCACCUCACCUUCCCACGAACUGGUAAACACAACCAAGGAUUGCUCCCCCCUUCACAACACUUCUGAGCAGCGAGUAAACAUUUUGCGCGAGAGAAGUGACAAUAAUACCUCACUACCACGGUCCCCUGUUUCUGAACUCAAAGGACCUUUCGACCACGCAAGGAGAGGUGACAUGUACCAACCAGCCCAUAGUGCAGCUCCUCGAGAGCAACUCCCAUCAAUAACCAGUCUUUUUGGCGGCGCACCACCUCCAAGUAGACCUGCGCAAUCACCAUACUCUGAGAGACAGAGCCCAAUCUUUCCAUCUUCAUCCCCUCAAGAUGGUCGUCUACCUACUACACCUUUACAUCAAGACCGCCCAUUUGAUGCAAACUUUCAACGUUCAGCACCACGACAGUAUACACACGCCUCUCGACCAGAUUCGCUCGAUAGGCUAGGUUAUCCUGCUCCAUCUACUCGUCCCAACUUGGGAUCUAUGCCAGAAUCUCCUCGAUACGCACCCCAAUACCCCAACCAUGACCCACGUCAAGGUCAAAUGCCUCCGGGCAACAAUUGGUCACCUCACUCCGAAUCUCCUCGACAAGAUCAGUUUCCAGCUCUGAGGGCUCAUCCUGAUCAAUACCGACACCAACAUCAUGUCUCUAGAUCUGAACACGAGACUAGACAAUUCUAUCGUGAUCAUGCCCCAGCUCAACGAAACUACAUUCCCACACCUGCUGGUACUGCAAUGGGCGAGCCCGUGACGGUCAAGGAUGGUCUGGGACCCAAGAUCUGGACAGGAACUCAAUUUUUACCUCGUUUCGUCAGACAAGCCGACGUUGCAGGUGAAGGAAUGUGCUAUUUCUACGACGAUGGAACUCACUGCAAGACAGUAAUUGAUGGAGAGAAUGUAAAUGCUCAUUGGGGAGUCACCAAAGCGGGGAAGCCAAGAAAGAGACUUGCAAUUGCGUGUAUCACUUGUAGGGAGAAGAAGAUCAAAUGCGAUCCAGACUACCCUAGGUGUGUGCAAUGCGACAAGUUCGGCAGGGUGUGCAAGUUCAAGAAUGCUCCCCGAGGAGGUCACAACUCCCCAGAUACGCCCCCAGCUGACUCGGAGGAUAGCCUGCCUAGGCCAGGUUCUUCUUUGACUGACGGUGAAUCUUUCAGAGUCGAGGAACGUGAAGGGAGCCAUUCAGUCUCGCCGCGACAAAACUUACGCCGAGCAAGCCCGGAAGUAGAGCAGCAUACCAAGAGACAGCGCAACGGCUAUAAUGAUUACACUCCGGUAGCAUCAGAAGCUUCACCACGACUUUCUGUUCAAGACGCAACAUCCCCAAGAGCUGCGUGGGCUGAGCCAGAAAGUAAUCGAUUGAGCGAUCAUACCUUACAAACGGAGUGGCAAAAUGAUCCGUUCCACUCUGCAAACACAGAUCUUGCUAACGAGUUGUUGUCGACUUUCUUCAAACACGUGCCAGAGACCGCCUCAUUCAUGUUUCCAAAAAAUCAAUUCACAGGCUGGGCCCGUUCCACCAAGGAUAAGUCCUUGAAUGACCUCAUGCUCAUUUAUUCCAUACUUGCCCUUGGAGCAGUAUUCUCACCUCGAUCUCAACACAAGCAUCUGGCGGCACGAUAUGCUGAAGUCGCCAGAUAUGCAUGCGACAGGCGUCACAUUGGUAUUCAAUUAGUUCAGGCUCGUUUGUUAUUGGCUUUAUACUAUUUUGCAAUCAACAACCCUAAUGAUUCAUGGGAUUUCUGUGGGUCCGCUGUGAGGGCCGCCACAGGCUUGAAGUUGAAUAUAGAGAUAGAGAAGAGUGACGAUGCUUACCGCAAGAGUUUUCCCUUCGGGCUCAACUUCAGUGGAUAUGCGGAGUGCAGACGACGAACCUUUUGGAGUUGUUAUCUCAUGGAUAGAUUCAAUGGAUUCUGCUCUGGACAUCUGAGCAUGAUUGAACCAAAACACGUAUACCUUCGCCUACCUUGCGAUGAGGAGAGCUUCGAAAAUCAGGUCAAUGUUCAAAAUCCUCUUUUUGAAGUUUUAAACCCGCGAUCCCUAGACUAUCCACGGACUUUGAACUUAAUGGCAUACCUAAUAAACGUGGCAACGAUUUGGGGUGAUGUUAUGUCCAAAAUAUACAGCAAUUCACAACGACCACAACCAAUAAGGAGCUCUGAUUUCAAUGAGUUCUAUCGAUCUACAGUGGAUCGUCUCUCAAGUUGGAAAAGCACACUGCCGAACCGCUUUGUUAUCCCAGCGGACUCAAUGGGAAGAAUGUCCGAUGGUGGAGAACUGGGCUCCUACAUAACGAUGCAUGCAGUGUAUCACACAACAUUCAUGAAGCUCCAUCGAUAUGUUCAACCUUACAAUCUUGACAAGUCACAACAUUCUCAUUACAUUUCUAUAGCUGAGGAGCAAGCAAAGAAGUUCCUGAAAAUCAUGGAUGUGGUAGCUGAUCGUCGUGAAUCUACCGGCAUGAGAUCGCCAAGCUCAAAUACUUCCAUCGAAUUCUCCUCACCAUUCGUGGGAUAUGCUAUUCUCUCUGCAGUCGAUAUUCUCUCGGCUAAAACACAUAAAGCUUCAAUACCCUCUAUCAUCGACUCCUUCUCUGGCGCACAAUCAGUGAUUGCCGAGAUUGCACAGUUCUGGCAGAUGGCAAGGAUACAGGAAGCACUCGUCUCGGGACGCGUGAGUGACUUGAUUGAAGUCGAACGCAGGAGCUGGUCAGCUUCUGCUAAACAAUCUAGCGCUGGAAUUUUUGAGAUGAGAGAACCAUUGGAGAAAACUUUCUCUCGUGAAAACGAUGGCAUUUAUCCACAAAUAUAA